AUGGAAGUCGCAUCGUCCCCAGCAUCUCCUCCAACAUUCACAAAAUUCCUAGACCUUCCUACAGAGCUCCGUCUCAAAAUCUGGGCAUUCACCGCGCCGGGCCCUCGAAAUGUACGAAUACGUUACAAAGGCCUACCCGACACCAUCGAGGAAAUGAAUGAUCCACGGGUCUGGCCCUACACCAGUUCUGAACCCGUUCCUGCUGCUUUCCACGUAUGCCAAGAGUCACGAGCGGAGGCUCAGAAAAGAUUUCCUCACAAACCAUGCUUUGGAACUCGCAAUCACCACCACGAAGCGAUGAUAUAUUUCGACUUUUCUCAAGACACUCUCGUCUUUGAAGGUGAUGCAAGAGACCCACCAAUUAACUACACCCUCGGUGCGUUCCUCUAUGGGAGAUGGACAGGAGCGGAUGAUUGCGACAAGGUAGAACGCUUGUCAAUUGGGGUCACAGAAGACAACUACACCAGAAGCACAUUUAUCUGGGACGAAAUUCGUCGGUUUGCUGGUCUGGAGGAGUUGAUCUUUUAUGACCUUGAUGGCCACUUGAGUGAUAAACGCGAUGUCGUGUUGGUCUGUUAUCGCGUACGCGAUGUGAUGUUGAGCUGUUAUCGCGACACACUUAACUUGGUUGCUAACAGACAUCCGCAAUGGAAGCUCCCUAAGAUUGCGAUUAAGAGUAAAGAUGGGAUUCAAUGUGGUGAGCUCGGAAGAGGUGACGACAAUGAAAUAUACUUCAGGCCAAGUUGA